UAAGGGUAGCACCAUCCAGCCAGGGUAUAUAAAUGUCUUGAAACGUGGAAUUUCCAAAAACAUAUAAGCUAACUAGACUCUCUAAAAGGAGAUAUACACUGUUACAGAGUGGCAGCCGAACAAGCCCUGGGAUAAACAGCGAAUGGAUAUGGACACGGAUAUGGAUGUUGAAGGGGUUUCCAUUCCGAGGCGAUUAGGACUGACCAACACCAUCCAGGCUAGCUUUGGAGCCCCUGACGACCCUGACUAUAUUUUCGACAUUGUGGCCAGUCAAGACAAUUCUGUAAUGGCAGUUUCAUUAUCUACAAAUGUGAUCAAGCUUUACUCUCCAAUGACAGGCCAAUACUUGGGAGACAUUAUUGGACAUGAGGGUACAAUAAGCGAAAUUUCAUUUUCAGAUGUGAACUCUUCACAACUGUUGCAUUCUUGCUCUGUUGAUGGUACUAUCCGGGCAUGGGACACAAGAAACCGGCAACAGGUUUCUAUUCUUAGGGGUAAUUCUUCAUCUGACGAAAUGUUUAGCUUAAACAAUGGUGGGCCUACUGGUGAUCUUGUUGCUGCUGGUUCUAAAGCCAAGGUGCUAUUUUGGGAUUGGAGAAACCAAAAACAAGUAGCAUGCUUGGAGGAGUGUCAUAUGGAAGAUGUGACUCAGGUUCGGUUUCAUCCAAACCACAGAGACAAACUACUUUCAGGUUCUGUGGACGGAUUGACUUGUGUUAUUGAUGCUAGUGGCAACAUUAAUGAUGAUGAUCAACUGGAGUCUGUGAUGAAUGUUGGAACAUCAAUUGCCCGGAUAGGAUUUUAUGGAGCUUCAAAUCAGAAACUAUGGUGUUUGACUCACAUUGAAACACUCAGCAUUUGGGAUUGGGAAGAUGCAUUGCAAGAGGCAGUGUUUGGUGAUGCACGCACAGCAGCCUCUGCCAACUGGAACCUACCACAUGUAGAUUACUUUGUUGAUUGCCAUUAUUCCUUAUCCCAAGAUAGCCUUUGGCUCAAGGGAGGCACAAAUGAUGGUUCACUAGGUUAUUUUCCAGUCAGCUACAACACAAGAAGUGGCCAAUCCCAACCAAACUCUGGUGUAAUUGGUUCAGUUAAUGCAGUUCUUGAUGGUGGUCAUAUAGGUGUUGUGAGAUCUGUUUGGUCACCAUUGAAUGCGGGAGUUGAUCCCAUUCACAAUCAACAUAUUGUCUGGACAGGAGGAGAGGAUGGUCGUUUGUGUUGCUGGUCAGAAGGUGACAUAUCUGCAAAGAAUAAAGCCUGGAUAUCCCCUGGACUCGUUAUGAAAACAACAAAAAAUUCAAAGCAGAAUAGACAUCGACCUUAUUGAUGAGAAACUUCUACACAUAUAAGCAUUUCCUUCGAUUCAUUAAACAUCAAAAAGAUUGAAGCAGGAUACACAUCAACGUUAUUGAUGAGACUUUUAUACAGCUGAGUAUUUUCUGCAGACUGACACGUAGAGAUUCCAACAGUUCUAGGUGUAUGUUGAGCUGGAUUUGCUGCACUGAAAGAAUUUGGAGUCUACAAAUGUAAUACCCUGUAAGUCUACUCGAAGAAAGGGCUUUGUGAAAGCUAUCUGUAUUUUAUUGGCUGCUUGUUUUUAUGCUUGUUAAUCAUACUGAGUUAUACUGAGUUUCCGGAUGUAUAGCUUCAUUUAUGUUCCUUGAAGUUGAUCAUUCAUGGUAAAGACUCAGCUUGCUUCAUGCAUACUGUGCUCGGCUUUUUAGUAUUUGUGUUUACAGUAUGCUAUGUUUACGUCCUAAUUACGUUUGGCAUUUGUAUGUUCAAAAAAAUAUAAAUAGGGAGAUGCCAACAUGUGGAUUAUGCAUAAAACAAUCUUAAGGGGAAGUCAUGAAGGCUUUAAUAUCCCAAUUUUUCCAUCUAAUCAAAGCUUUUUACAUUUUGCA